AUGGCGAAAAUUCGCCGAGAAAGAUGGGAUGAUACUUGGGGACCCAAACGACAAGUACGGAAUUGCAAUGUCGCAGGCCACAAGGAUAUAUGGCGCUUGGCUCAUCGCCACGGACUUGUUCAAAGAAGAUAUCGAACUGCUAAACGAAUGGCUGCAGCAGAAGCAGGUGAAAGCUCAGAUGGAAAGGGCCCACGUGAGGAAGUUCUACCCUCAGAUGAGUUCGACUACCAUGUUGAAGAAGUGAUUGACUUGACAGAUGAUAAUGAUGAAACACCUCAAGCGGCUCCGGUAUUUUGGCAGACAAUGCAGCGAGUAGAUACAGCGGCUAUAGAAGCUUUCCAAACAUUUCAAGAGGUACCUGAAAAUGGUCAAGAAAAUCCAGAAACAAAGCCACUGCCGAAGGAGGAGCCUAGAAGUCAAUUCACUAUUGCAGAUGCUUUGAAAGAAGAAAGUGAAGUUGUUAUUAUUAAUACCACACCAUGA